AUGCCUUCAUCAAUAGAUCCAGCUAUCCUCCGAGCCUUGACCCUCGACUCGGCCUCGAAAAUUUCAACACAUGGCGGCUCGGGCUUCUCGUCGACAUUCCGCAUCACCACUCCCACGACGUCGGUCUUCGUCAAGAUGUCCUCCUCGCCCGGUGCCGCCACCAUGUUCGAAGGUGAACACGCCUCGCUCAACGCCAUCCACGACGCGGUGCCUAGCUUGUGUCCCAAGUCCUUCGCCUGGGGACAGCUGGACAAAGGUGGCUACUUCCUCGCCACAGAAUUUAUGGAACUCGGCGGCGGCGGCGGUCUGUCGCGAACACGAGGCAGUUCCAAUUCCAAAGGAAGCGGGAUGAGCCUGGCCCAGAAACUCGCGAAAUUGCACUCGACGCCCGCGCCAAUACCGUCUGGGUACGACGCUCCGCAGUUUGGAUUCCCGGUGCCUACGUGCUGCGGCGAUACGCCACAGAACAACGAAUUUAGCGCUUCAUGGGCCGACUUCUUCGCGAACAAGCGCCUCCUCGCCAUCCUCGAGCGCGGCGAAGCCAAUAACGGACGGGACCCGGACCUGCGACGGACGGUGGAACGUACGGUCGCUGAAGUUGUGCCGAAGCUCCUGGGCGAGGGCCAUCUCGGCGGCAAAGACGGGAUCACGCCAGUCGUUGUGCACGGGGACUUGUGGUCCGGGAACAAGAGCCGAGGAUGCUUUGUUGGGAGGGAUGAGGAGGGCAUGUCGGGGAAUGAGGCGGGAAGCAUGGAGGACGUAGUGUACGAUCCCGCGGCUUGCUACGCGCACAAUGAGUACGACUUUGGGAUCAUGCAUAUGUUCGGUGGGUUUGGAGCGGGCUUUUGGAAGGAGUAUCACGCUAUCGUGCCGAAGACAGAGCCUGAGGGCGAGUAUGAGGAUCGUGUGAAAUUGUAUGAGAGUUAUCAUCAUCUGAAUCAUUGGGCAAUCUUUGGUGGUGGAUAUAAGAGCGGCGCCAUGGGCUUGUUGAAAGGGUUGGUCCGGAAGUACGGGGAUAAAUGA